AUGGCCUCCCUCUCUGAGGAGAUUCGGCGGUUGUCCGAGCUCUUUGCCAGCGGUCUCCUUUCGGAGGAAGAGUUUAGGGCGGCCAAGGAUGUCACAAUCAAAAGUUACGCACCGCCUGCAGCGGCGGCUCCUCAAGUAGACGAAGUGGGGGAACACGGGUGGGAAGCGGAGGCGCAUACUCGUUUCCCACACGUCAAUAUUUCCGAGUUCGGUGGCGAGUUUGCGGGUCAAGCGCAGCGGGAAAAGGCCUACGCAGUUCUGGAAACGAUUCUGCGUAACCUCAUUCAGUUUCCUGAUGAGGAAAAAUACAGGCGGCUGCGCCUCAGUAAUGCGGUUUUACACUCGCAGUUGUUUUCCGUCCCUGGUGUCAUGGGAUUCCUGCAGUCGGUUGGGUUUGCGAGGCGCUCGUCUGAUGUUGCUGAGGAGGGCGACUCUUUGCAGCUUCCAGGGCCGCCCGGGCUUCCGUUGCUGGAAGAAGGACUGGGGGCAGUGGCUUUCUUGCGCAGCCGCGAUCGAGAGGCCCUGGCACGCAACAGAGAUUGCAUGCGGUUGCGCCGUAGUUUGGGACUGGAGUUGCGCCGUGAACGCUGCGAAAAGGCGAAGGCGGUGGGCGAGCUGCGCUCGUACAUUGAGCGCGAGUUUUGUUCCGACGACGGCGGCGAUGGGCUUUACUCCUCGCAAGUGAAUUUGGAAAAACUGGAGACCAUCCUGGCGAACGUGCUUCGUUGCCCCGCGGAGGCGAAGUACCGAAGGUUGCGGCUCAGCAACCCGGCAGUGUGCGCGGCAGUUCUGCAGCAGCGCGGGGGUCUGGAGGUGCUGGUCGAGUGUGCGGGGGGCGAGGUGGUGGAGGAGGGAGGGGAGGAGUUCCUCCUGCUUCGCGAGGGCGCCGUGACGGAGGCGAAGCUGCGCUGCGCUCUUCAGGCGGUUGCGGGGGCGCGGGCGGCGGUGCGCGAGAUGCAGGCGGGAAUGGACCGGCAGGCGCGCGAGGAAGCGAGGGAGGCGGUGCGCCGGGAGGCAAGGCGUGAGCUCCGGCGACGUUGCCCACCGCAGUGCCCGGGGCGGGCGGGGGAGGGCGCGGGAACGCAGCCGGGGCGCCGCGUUCGGGUCGCGGAGGCGCUGCGGUAUCUGAUGGGGAAAGGCGGGGCCGAGGAGGACGAAGGCUGA